AUGCGUGAUCCACAGGAGAGAGUGAGCGAGUUUGCUGCUAUUCUGUACGCAGAGCCCGGGGCCCUGGGUUUGGUGGCCAACAUCAUGUCGGCGCUCGUCGUGGCCGUGGAAAACAUGCUCAACGGACCUUUCUCGCAGACAGCUUUAACUCUGGCAGUGUAUAUUUUUCUUCUUAUUUCAGGGGCCCAUCUUAUCGUUAUGGGCGGCUUUCUGCAGCUGGUUGCUGCAAUCUUGAGCUUUCGUCGAAACGACCACCUUGUUGGAACAGCGUUCUCAAUAUUCGCCUCUUUGUGGACCGUGAUGGGAAUUAACCACAUCCUCAACCCCGUCGUGGGUAUCGAGGUCCUCCGCCAAGGAGCGAUCUCAGGCAUGAUCGGCUUCAUGACGGUGGCUGUCAUACUGUGUCUGGUGGCCAUCACCGUCAACUACAUCAUGCCCCCCGUCCUCGUCGCCAUUAUGCUGACUCUCGUCUUCGAAGGGGUUGGCAUGUUUUUUGACUGGGGCAGGCGAGUAGCUGCUGCGUUUGAGAUAUUUAUCGUCAUUACCAGCGUCUACGCAGUCUGGGUGAUGGUCCUCAAAGGGGUCAGCCAAACGUACAUUCUGCCUGGCCUGGGCAAUGCCAUCUACGACCCUCUGCUGGUCAGAGUCAAGGAGAAUUCCAACCAGAAAAACGAAGCCAGGAAGGACACAAAAUACGGCGAACCGUACGGACUUGGGUACUUCGGCAACGUGGUGCCUGCCGUCGUGCUUCUAUUCCAUCACCUGGGCUACUUCCAGGACUUCAGGACGGCCAUGCCAAUGUUCAUAUACAGCAUCGUCUGUCACCUCCUAGGCAGCUACUACUCGUUCCUCAGACACGACUUCUUUCAUGCUAUGGAAUUCGUCAUUUACUUUAUAUUCUGGAUGUCCAGAGGCCUAAUUCAGCUGCUGAUAACGUUACAGUUUCCUGGAAUUGAAAACCUCAGGGUUAACUUUUUCGGUCAGUGGGGCCUGAUAGCUCUGUUGAUAUUUCUCACGCUCGUCUCAGCCACGAGGAACAAGGUGGUGUUCCUCUACAACCUCCUGUUUGUGAUAGUGGCCAUUCUGUCGGUGGACCACAUACCCCAUGCAGCUCAUAACUUUACGUUCGGUGUGUCAGCGGCCGUGUUUGCGGUGGCCACGCUGUACGUUUCCAUGGCGCAUCUGGAAAACUCCAUCGCCGAGAAGUCGGUCAUGUUCAUUGGACAAGAGGUGAUGCUUAAUGAGACUCUGCAGAAGUUCUUCGAUGCUGGCUUUGCUAAACUUAGAAGCAAAAAGGUUGGUAACAGCGAUUACCGGGAUGAGGAUAAAGUGGAUCUGAAGAUCGUGGACGUCAUCGCCUUGAUAUGCAACACCGUCGCCUUGUCCUGUUUAGCUCCCCUGGAAGCCACCAGGGGGACUCUUUCGUUGCCAUGGAUAUUGGUGUCAGGACUGAUACUCAACCUAUACGCUGCCAGACUGGCGUACACUGCGGGGAGUUUGGCGAAAUGCUACUAUCUCGUGGUUUUGGCGGCGUUUUGGGCUAUCUGGACAGCUAUGCUUUUUGAUGGAAACACAGCAUUUGCGCUCCGCCAGGCGUCCAUAGGCGUUCUCAUCCUGCACACAGUCGGUGUUUUGGUGACGCCGCUGUUUACCCGAGUCUGGAUCCCGUUCGCCCUGUUCAUGGAGUUGUGUUGUAUUGCACAGGUGACCCGCUGUUGGAACAUCCACCCACAGUGGAUGAUCCUCGUCACAGCCAUUCUGGCAGUUCUACCGGCCAUUUAUGGAGCAAUUGCGGAAAUGGUAAAUGGAACACUCCAGGAAUAUGUAAUCCCUGUUGGGGUACCUCUAGUUCAGGAAAAAGACAUCAACCCAUUCGAAAACCCACCAUGUCCUUUGUACCCGUCCAGACGAUCUUCAGCCUUAAGAAAAGUGGCCAAAGUCCUACACUCUGGGGGAGUGGUCGGAACACCAACAGACACGGUAUACGCCAUAGGAGCGUCCUGUAAGCACCCCGACUCCAUCAGGAAGAUCUACGCCGUCAAGGAACGUCCCCAGGAGAAGCCGAUCUGCCUCUGUCUGGCUAAUCUCGAUCAGCUGAAAGAUGCCGAGCCCAACUUCAGUCCUCUCCUGUGGGCGUUCAUGAGGCGGUGUUACCCCGGGGGCAUCAGCUGCGUCGUGCCUAAAGGACAGUGGAUGUACAACCUGGGUCUUGGUGAUGCCUAUGACAUCGUGGGGGACAAGGACAGCAUCUGUAUACGUGUUCCAGACAGCACAGUUCUCGCGUAUCUGGUGGACUGGUCCGGACCGAUCGCUCUCACGUCUGGUAACGUCAGUGGAGGCCCAGACAGCACACAUCAUAAUAUGCUUAUAGAAGCACUGGGAAAGAAAUUAGAUGGUGUGAUAUGUGACGGCGAAUCCAACGAAAUUGUAGCUUCCACGGUUGUCGAUUGUAUGAACAUAGAUAAAGGUGUAAUAGAAUACUUCCGGAUAGGAUGCACGCCCAAGGAAAUUGUUGAUCAACAUUUUGAAAACGCCAAGGCAGAAAUCGGAGAGAAAAACACCCAUGUAGACAUUGUAGAUAUUCCAAAUGCUCUCAAAGUAUAGCAGUGACUUAUGUUUGCGACUACCAUGCACGUGAACGCUACCACUAAGACAGUUUAUGACGGACGGGUAUCACAGCGUAUAGCAUUGAUAGCGUCAUCUGUACUUCAUCGGUUGUGAAACACAAAAACUUGUAGUGUUACGGUAGUCAAACCAAUUAGUCAUGGAAAUGUCUCGUUCAACCAAUAAUAAAUGCAAGCUGACCAACCUAAGUCACAUAGAGUACUUUCAGCGAAACACUAAAUCGAGAAUUAAGCCGCAGUACAAUAUUUUGGUGAAACUGUGUUCCUUUAGCUAUCGUUGUAGAAAAAAAGAAAUAAAAGACCAGCAACAAAAUCAAGAAAGGGAAGGGUUAAUGUCUGUGAAUAUCCCACUUGAUAUGACAUAUGUUGGUGAGCUUGCCUAUGAAAAGAUUGUGAUAGAUGAUUAUCAUAUCAUGCCACGAAGGCAAGAACACAAAUUUGAUAAACAAAUAAUAUUCAUUUUGAUAUAAUGUAUUUGCCAAUUGUGAGGUAUAAGGCAAACGAUUAACUAACGAAAACGAAUAGCAUGCUAUUCAAGGGCAGACAAAUCAGGUUGCUAUAUGAAUAACGUACUUUCAAAAUGACCGACAGACUGUACGAAAAGAAACCAUUCAGACCGACCAAAAUUGCAUUCAUACACCAGUGAUCAUUUGUGUGUGUGUGUUAUAUCAACAGAUACAUUACUGAAAGGGUAUAAUUUAUAUAAACGAUGUUACACCAAAAUCAAAUCUAAAGUUUACAA